AUGGGCUGGCUGGAUUUCAACUCAAAUUCGAAAAAGGAAAAAGGAAAAGACGAUGCUAGGUCCUCAUUCUCAUGGGGCGAUAAUCUUAAUGCCACGGACUGGCAGCAUUAUACGGACCCGCGAACCCUAAUACCUACACUUCUGUUGACAACUACCAUUUUGUUUUCCACGCGCUUGUACCGCUCUUAUCUACGUCGCAUUCCAGAGGCAACACAUAUACGGCCGGGGUUCUUUAGGAAAAGGAGCUUGUUUGGCACAGUGACGAGAGUCGGAGAUGCGGAUAAUUUUCAUCUUUUUCAUACGCCUGGUGGUAGACUUGCGGGUUGGGGAUGGUUGCCGGGAAGAAAGACCUUGCCUGAAGGGAAAGACCUGAAGAACAAGACGAUCCACGUUCGGAUCGCAGGAGUCGACGCGCCAGAAGGAGCACAUUUUGGCAAACCCGCUCAACCAUUUUCAGCCGAGGCUUUAGCCUGGCUACGAGACUAUAUUCAGAAUCGCCGCGUACGUGCCUACAUUUACAGACGCGAUCAGUAUAAUCGAGUGGUAGCUACAGUCUGGGUGCGAAGAUUUCUAUUUCGAAAGGAUGUUGGGAAGGAAAUGUUGAAAGCGGGAAUGGCUACAGUCUACGAGGCCAAGAUGGGCGCUGAGUUUGGAGAUUUCGAGGCGCAGUAUAGGGCGAUAGAAAAAGAGGCCAAGAAGAAUAAAUUAGGAAUGUGGUCAGGGAAGAAAAAGGAUUACGAAAGUCCAAGAGAUUACAAGACCAGGACGGCGGCUGCUGCAAACAUAUUGAAAUAA